AUGUCUAGUGGUUCAGAAGCCGAAGAAAGAGUCAAGCUUCACCUAUGUGCUCUUUGUCGUCGCCAAAUUGCCGGAGAAGAGACGCCUGAUGUUGAACUGGUAGAAAAACCAUUCGAGUGCGUAUUGUGUUUUGGACUUCUUGAUCCAGCAUACAUAGGAGAAGUGGCCGAAGCUGUGGCGAACCAAUUGAAGGAUUCACCAUAUGAUGCUCCGGCAUGCACAUUGGCUCUUAAUUUACCUAUAUCUCAAACCCUUCGACAAACCAUCAUAAAACAAGCAAGGCCGGAUCUGAAUGGGAUUCUGGUUACUGUUCCUUACAAGAUUAGGAAUAUUGACGCUUAUCUGCCGAAGCUGAGAGAGGCAUCUGGAUUGAGGCUUACUUUAUCGUCAGAUCUUCAAUUAACGAUUGCUUUCGAAACUGAUGAGUUUAAUGAUUACGAUACAAAAUUCCUCCUGGAACACUUCCCUGAGAACUUCCAGCAGGGAAGAAAACGGAAGUUCUAUGAGCAAAGCCAGCCGCAAACAACAUUUACCAAAAUUAAGGUGGAGCAAGUUCUGGGUCGAAUAAAAGGAGAUAUUGCCAGAAAAUACAAGUUAACUUGCCCAUCACGACCGUGCUCUUUCACUUUGGCCCUAGAGCGAGAUCCUGUUUUCAUUGCUGGACGAUACUGCAAGUAUUCACGAACAUUGCCUCAGUCGCCUUGGUCAGUUGAGGAAAAAUCGGCGCCAAAAGAACCUGGAAACUCGGUCUCGGAGAAAGUUUGUGAUCCGAUGAAGAACAAGUUCGGCGCAUCUGAGGCUCGAUUUAUCGCCUCUGGACGAGAGGACAUGGAUGUGCGUAUGUUAGGUGAUGGUCGACCGUUUGCUGUUGAGUUGCGGAACUGUCGGUUUACCAAUCCGCUCAAGGGAACGGAUUACGAAGAGACGCUACGUAACCUCGAAAAAGAGAUUAAUAAGCAGAAGGAUAUAUGUGUCAAAUAUCUAACGAGAGUGACUCGAGAGGAAGCUGAAAGCCUAAGCGUUGGAGAGGAAGAGAAAAGGAAACACUAUGUCGCAUACUGCUACAGUACUCUACCUCUCUCUGAUGACAUGCUCACUAAUGCCACGAAACAAGCUCCAAUCCAAGUAAUGCAAAAGACUCCGAUCAGAGUUUUAAAAAGGAGAGCGUUAUUGGAUCGUCCACGUACUGUUUAUAGUAUGGACAUACUGCGAGUUGACAGUCACCAUUUCCUUUUGAGGCUUGUAACCCAAGCUGGAACGUAUGUGAAGGAAUUCGUACAUGGUGAUUUCGGCCGUACUCGGCCUUCGAUGGCAGAACUUUUAGGUGUCUUUGAAGGUGAAGUAGACAUACUUGAUCUCGAUGUUGAGAAGGUCGAAUUCGACUGGCCUCCUAUGAAGACGACCCCAACAUCCUUCAGAUAA